UCAGCUUAUCUGUGUAUCUGUACCUUUCUGUGGAAGGAGUCAGGGUCCUCUGCUGUGUACAAGUCAGAUCACAGAGAGGGAAGGGAGGAUAACCAGGACAAAAGGAGAGAGAGAAAAGAGAGGGAUCCAGCCAGGGGCACAUAAUGAGACAGACAGGGGAGGUCAAUGCACACACAUUCUCCUGUGACACCAGCAAAUCCUGUGUAUGCCAGCCUCUCAUCUGACUAUAUUACCUUCUCCCUACUGAACAGACUGUGCAUAUGAAUGAAUCUGCAUAUAAAAUCCCCUGCAGGACCUCCACAAUUGGUUCAUCAGAUUUAGGACUGGCUUCAAAGGACAACCUCCAGGACAAGGGACCCCUGUACAAGAUGGAUUGUGUGCUGCCCAGUUCCCUGGUGUGGCUAUGUGUUUUACUCCAGUGCAUCCUGACUCCGAUUUCGAUGUGCCAAACCCAAGAGAACCAGACAUUAGAAGGCCGGUCUUGGUCGGACAUCUAUAAUCGUAGUAAGUGCCAGCCUCGAUGGGUCCUUCUGAAUCUCCUCCGUGAGUUUCCUCAGUUUUCAGAAUUCCUGUUCAAGCCAGCAUGUGUGUCAGUCCAGCGCUGUGCCGGAUGCUGUUUGGAUGAAGCUCAGAGCUGCUUUCCCUUGCAGUCACACAUUGUAAAAAUGGAGGUGAUUAUUACUAAUCAGGUUUUGAGGAUUAGAUCUCCCCAUGAAGAAUACACAAACAUAUCUGUUAUUCAGAAUACAGACUGUGAAUGCAGGCCCCGUGACAGUGAUAUGCUGAGGCCUAGCAGACUCUCUACAACCUUAGGUUUAAAGAAACCAAAGAAACGGAGACGAAAAGGAAAGAAAGGCAUGCACAACCCUAAAAAUGCCAGGUCUGUCUGUCCACCUUGUGACCAGCGGAGGACAUUAAAUCCUGAAAAUUGCGAAUGUGUGUGCCAGAAAAACGAGAAAAAGUGCAACCAACGAGGACUGAUAUUUAACCAAGAGCGAUGCAGGUGUGAAAAACCAAGAAGCUGACAGUCGCCUAGUAAACAAAAAGACUACACUUUAAAUGGUUUCAUAU